AUGCAAAAGCGGUGUCAUGUAGCUGGGCAGAGCAGCUAUGGCGGCUCUUCUUGGCUGGGCGUUCCGUCGGAUGCGUCGUCGGGCAUGAAUGCCGAACACGGGUUAGAAAGCGUCCAGGCAGAGACACAACGGACCUUGAUGCGGCUUCACACCUCCGGCUCAGGCUCAGAUGCCAGUAUGACUUAUCGCGGUAAUUUGGGAGACUUGGGCUUGGGAGUCGCCGGUGUGGACAUGCCGGAGCAGACACAUGCCAACACGCUACCGGAGUCGAGGAACGAGACCAUCGAAGUGAGGGUGAACGAGCCCCGAGGAGGUAGAGAGUCACACCUGCAGUUGGAAGACACGGAGCCAUUCAACCCCGUUUCACCGUCCGACUUCUUUCAAUUUUCUCCGUCCUCCGGCUCGGACAAAUUCGACCCCAUGCUCGGCUUCAACACCGAGUCUCCCGGCCUGCCCAGCACGUAUCAGAGCAUCAACACGCCCUCGACGUCACAGUGGGCGACGCCACAGGCUGGGCUUCGAGAAAGCAAAAGACAACCCAGCCACGCUUCUCCAGAAUCCCUCGAUAAGACGGAUGCACCUGGACCAGUAGCAACAGAGGGAGACGCGACUUCCAUGCCCGGCUCACGAUUGGAAAGACGCUCUUCUAAAGCCGGGAACCAUGCUGAGCCUGUCGCUGCAAGACGGCGCCCGCCACAGGUAGAUGACGACGAGUGGUCGACGCCGCUCCUGGCAGCCGCUGGGAGAGGCCACGUUCAGAUUGUGAAGCUCCUUGUCAAGAGCGGUGCGGAUCUCGAGUCCAAGAGCAAGUCGGGCAAGUCGUGUCUCUUCUGGGCCGUGGAGAUGAGGCAGAUGGAAACUGUAAAGUGCUGUCUGGACCUGGGGGCCGAUCUGGGAGCGGUGCGGGACGAGUCCGGGCUGGGCUUGUUCCACAGGGCGGUCUUGGAUGACGACGUUCCUCUCCUCGAGGUGUUGCUCGAAUGCUGUGCCAGGCUGGGUGAAAGGGGGCGGGAAUGGGUUCACAUGACGGAUCAUCACAACCGCACGCCGUUAUACUUGGCUGCGGAGAUGGGAAAGGCGGAGAUUGCAGAGCUUUUUGUCAAAGCAGGGGCGGACGUGAAUCGGAGGUGA